AUGGAUGACGCUUGGCGACAUGUUUUUCAGUAUUUUACCACUCAUGAACGGAUUCGUUAUGAGCGCGUAUCAACUAAGUGGAUGGAACUUUUACAAGAAUACUGGAAAAAAUUAGACACGGUGAAUACGGAUAAGUUAUGCAUCGAUGUAUGCUUUGAUCAUUGGUCCGAUUGUGUCCGAGCUGUAUUAGUCCGAUGUUCGCCUAACAUAACAUCAUUCAGUUUCGGUCGUAACUGUCAGGGAACUCGCCAUCGAAGUAUAAAGAAGCAGUUACUUCCCGAUGUUCUCGUUGAACUGUCGAAAAAAGCUCCAUUGCUCAAAUCAUUUCGUGUUGAAGACUGCUUUCUCCAUGAAGAUUCUAUGAGUCUACUACAGAAAUUAUCACCUACGCUUAAGGUAUUUUGCCUAGAACACUGUGUAAUUGACUUCAGCGAUUCGCACUUUGCCAAUUCAUGUUUUUUAUCGCUCCUCGAUCACUGUUCUACACUUGAAGAAUUUGUCAUCACGGGUCAUGAUUCCUGUUACAGUUAUUUGUACAUCGAUGAUGACUUCAUGGAGCAUAUACCGCCAACAGUGUCUAUUCUGUGCAUAUCUGCCGGUGAAGCGCUUAAAAUUAGGAAUGCUAAUUUUGUCUCCAGACUUAAAAAGCUACGCUUAUUUGAUGCCCAAUAUUCAUUUCUGAGCCUCAAACCACUCCAGGAUUUAGUACACCAUGCGCCCAAUUUAUUAUAUCUCGAUUUAUCCAAUUCUCGAUUUAUAACAGAUUUUUCACCAAUUGGGGAAUUGUCGAAGCUUAGAUGUUUAUUAUUAAAUGGUAAUCGCAUUCAUUUGAAAAAUGAGCAACUGAGUGCCAUUAUCAAUGGUUGUACAUUACUGGAAGUGUUGUCGUUGAAAAGAUGCUCCAAACUAAGCAACGAAGACUUGAAAAUAAUCAGUAAAUGUGCAACCUUGAAGGAGCUGCAUUUAGCUGGUGUAACAGGUAUGACGGACGAUACUCUGAUUUGUAUUGCUUUUGGUGUCCCAUUACUGAAGAUAUUGGAUAUCAGUUAUUGCAAUUCGUUGACGUCAAAAGGGCUGGAAAGUUUGGCUAUGCUACAAAAACUCGAUCAUCUCUGCUCUAACGGAAUCUACGAUUUCGAUGAUAAUUUAGUAGAUAUGAUCCGUAAAUGUCGACCUCAUUGCGUCAUAGAAGCAUUUCAUUGUCGAUAUUCGAUGAGUACUAAUGAACUGUUUCAAAUGGCAUUUUUGAAGCCGAUGGUAGAGCCCGAGUCUGUGAGAAGUACCUACCAGACAUCUCGUUAUCACUAUAUUUGA